UGGGAAGGGAAGAGACACUGGACAGAGACAGACUGGGGGCGCCCGCACCAGCACCCGCGACGCACCGCACCGCACCGCCAAAAUGCAGCAGCGCAACACGGCAGGACAUCUGCAUCGCAUCAGCCCCCUGGUCCCGGCUGAAGCUCUGGCCAUGGCCGCCUGUGAUUGGCUCAUCUCGAGGACGUCCUCUUCGACCUCCUGUUUACCUCUCAACUUCCCUCGAUUCCCGUAACCCCCUCCCAUCUCUUGCAAUUUCGCAUUCUUUUCCCAUCGCAUCUGGGUCGCAUCACCAGCGCAUCGCCGCUUUUCAAGUCGCACACUUUCUGCGAUCUUCCCAUUGUAUACCUCUAUACGGAUACCUGUACCCACCAUACACAGCAUAUAACCCAGCUGAGUCUAUAUACCACCAUGCCUGUCGAGCUUCGCAAGCGCAAGGCCCCCGAGCCUGCUCCGGCUCCGGCGCCCAAGAAGGCCUCGUCCAAGGUCGCCAAGGCGGCCGAGAAGGUCAAGGGCGCUGUCAAGGGCAAGGCCGAGAAGCCCGCCGAGAAGCCUGUUGAAAAGGUUGCCGAGAAGCCCGUCGAGAAGCCCGCCGCUGCCAAUGGCUCUGGCAAGAAGGUCAAGGCGGUUAAGGGUGAGACAAUCGACCUCGACGGCUUCGGCGGCGACAUUGAGACCAACGAUGGCGAGAAGACGACCCUCAAGGAGCUCGUCGACAAGAGCAAGGCCGGCGUCGUCCUCUUUACCUACCCGAAAGCCUCGACUCCCGGAUGCACCAAGCAAGCCUGCCUCUUUAGAGACUCGUACGAGCCCCUCACCAAGACGGGUUUCGCCAUCUACGGCCUGUCCAUGGACUCGCCCAAGGCCAACACCACCUUCAAGGAGAAGCAGAAGCUGCCUUACCCGCUGCUCUGCGACCCCAAGGCGACCCUGAUUGCUGCCAUUGGCUUGAAGAAGCCGCCCAAGAGCACCCAGCGCGGCGUCUUCGUCGUCGACAAGGCCGGCAAGGUCCUCAUCGCCGAGCCCGGUAGCCCCGCGGGUACCGUCGACGUCGUCACGGCGCUGAUUGAGGGCGGCGAUGUCGACGGCGCUGAGGAGGCCGCGACCGAAGCCCCGGCCGCCGAUGCCAAGAAGGAAGAGGAGGCGGCCAAUGGAGAGGUCAAGGCCGACGAGGAGAAGAAGGAGGAUGCUGCCGAUGAGGCCGAGAAGAAGGAUGAGAAGAAGGACGAGUAAUCAUGUCAUGUUGCUGCAGUGUAAGUAUAAUUUCGUGACGGAAAAUGCGUUUGCAAUUGGAGGGCCUGAACAGGGCAGGGCACGACAGGGUUUUCUUGUAUCCGUAUUGUAGCUGGGAAUUGAUUGUCUGGCGUUGGGCGUGUGCAUUGCCUUUUUCUAUGCCUCGUCGGCACAUCCAAGAUGCACAGCUCUGCGGUGCGUUGCGAAAUUGCGUGCCAUCUUGACCC